UGAUCAUUUUCUUUGUUACAGGUUGCUUCAACUAUCACAAGAAAAGGACUUAAAUGAACCAGAUACUGAAAUGAUCCCGUCAGGAAGUAUAGAUGAAGAGUCGACCACAUCAACUAACGAAGAAAUGUCUGACAUUAAUUGUGUUGAGUGUAUGCCAGUGACGGAGCCUAAAUCAAAAAUCGAUGAAGUAAGACCAAAAGUUGGCUUCACACCAAACUUGAUAUCACCAUCAACAGAAUCUGCACUUGGGGCGGAUUUUGCAACAUACGCACGAUGUGAACCUGCAAAUAAAUAUAAGCAAACAAAUGCGGACAGUAUUAAUAGUACAUUUCCGGAAUAUUAUCAAAAUCAAAAUCAGGAUUUCUUUAAUAUAAAAGGAUAUGUACGAAGUAUACAGACGACAAACGAGACAGAAAUUGGACAGAGAAGUUGUGUUCUUCAGCGCAACGGCACACCUUUUUACCAAUACACACAAAGGCAAGUUUUCAGCGUGCCGCCAAGAGUAAUUAAUGUUGUUGAAUGUCCUUUGGAAUUUGAAAGCAUCAAUUUAUCAAUUUAUAACGAUUUUGAAAGUAAUUCCAAUAACAUAAAUUCUACACCUAACUUCCCUAUAACCAGCAUUGAAAAUCCAGAACAAGCAGCUAACUACAAAAUAGAAAAUAAAGAAUCCAUAGUUGAAAUGAAUCAAACGAAGUGUAAUAAAACAACCAUUGAGGCGUUAAACUCAAAACUAAGGUGCACUAAAACGUGUCCUGAUGAUUCAUUGCCUGGGGGCCCUGGUAAUCUGCCGUGUUUCCCGAAGUUGUUUGAUUGAUCUUUAGUUACAAGAAGAACACUUAUUCUUAAAUAGCAGCUAUAACAUUUUCCUCGGAAACUCUAAAUACGAUCGACGAUGCCAAGAUUCUCGAUCUCGGGUUUCUGUAUUCCUGUGCACAAAGAUGUAAUAUCUGUUCACCUAAUAUCCUCUCAUAAACGAACCUGUCCUUAGGUUAUUCAAAUAAUAAAUAACAUCUAAGUAUUUACGUAUAAAGUAAAACACUUAUUGUAAUGUAUAUACUAAUGCACUAGUGUUAUUAUAACACACAACUAUUUACUCAAAACUUUACAACAUUACAUCAUUUAGCCUAUUUAAGGAAACUUAUCUAACGAGUGAAUCCAGUUUGAACUUCUUACUUUAAUUUCCAUUCAUUCUUCAUUAUGUAGUUCUGAAAUUUAAAGGUUUUAACACACUAUUUCUCACUAUUUUACUUAGUCUAUCAUUAUUUUUCACCGUGUAAAUGUGACUCUAAAAGCCCUUAAAAAUUGUGUUUUUGUUUCAAUUGAUGAAUAGUUAAAGACACCCAAUCAUCUAUAAGUGACAAUGUUUAUUUUAUAUGUUCCAAUUACAGGCGACAGUUAACUUGAACGGUUAUGUACAAUAGAAAUGUUAUAGCUAAAUAUUAAAAUGUCCUGUUCAAAAAAGUACUUGUUCAGUAAUACCAUUUACUGUAUAUUUUAAUACAUCUCUGCCUAAUAUUAUUGAAAUCUUAAAAAAUAUUUGGAUCUAUUGCUUUUGUUUGUUAAAGAAAGUAUUAAAUCUUAACAUAACAAGUUCAUGUCUUUUCUAGCCUAUAGACGUCCAUAAAUAUAGGGCAUUUUCUAAUUUGAUCCUAAACUUAAAUGUAAGUACAUGAACACAUUGUAACAAUAUAAUUGUAAGUUCACAAUUUAAUAGCAGAAUUACAGGUCGAUAUUUUGAUUUUUAUAAUGAUGUUAACUGCACUUCACAUUUUAUAACUGUAAAAGUUGUAAUAAGCAGUAUGUAGGUCAAUCAAAAUGUAUCAUUCAAAAUGAAUAAACUUAUGUUUGGUAUCAGGAAUUGUAACAUUAAUCCAUUGUCACAUGUUGCGAUCCAUUUUGGAUCACCUGAUAAUAAUUGUACAAUGUCAGAUUUUUCUUUUUGGCUUUGUAAAUUAUAGAUAGGCCGUUUAUGGAUGAGAAGAACUAAUAUAUAUUUAUUGAGUACUAAUUUCAAUUUUGUUUUGUGUAUUUGACAAUCCAACUUGAAUUAUAAAUGAAAUACGGCUUGUAAAUCCGACUUGGAACGAGCUGCAUUGAGAAAAAUUCUUUUUGGAUUUGUCGUCUAGGAAUGAAUAGUUUGCUUUGUUUAUUUAGGUACAAAACUUUCUUAUGUUUUUGCUAGAUAUAUUUUGUUUCGUGUUCUAUCUUUGUAUAUAUGUUAGCCAAGAAUUUAUACGCGUUGCUGCAAGUUUAAUUAGUUGUAUAAUCUAAAUACAAUAGUAUUCAUGUGAAAAAGAUUCAUUUUAAUCUUAAGGUAUAUCAGAACACCAUUACGUCUAAAUUUCAUUUUAUAUAUUAUUAAGAAAAUAUUUAUCACCUUAAAAGAAAUUGUGUUUAUGCUUUAGAUGUGUUAUUAUAUUCAUUACAUGUGCUUAAAAUACUACAAUCUUCUUUAUUGUAAUCCAUUAGGAAAUAAAAAAAAAAUAAAAGCUCUAUAUUGUCUAGAACUUUUUGUAGUGUUCUUUUCUUUUACAAAUAGUAUAUUUGAUAUGUUUAUCUUUAGCCUAAUAAACUUUUUCUCAGAUCGAAUUUUACACACUAUCAUUGCUAUAACAGUCAUAUCAAAAUUUAGCUGAAAUUGUGUAUGACUUUAUAUGCCUCUUUGGAAGAAAACAAAUUAGGUAUGCCCAAAUAAGAAUGUAUCGAAACACCUUCACUUGCACACAUAUAUCCUUUAAAAAGAUAACAGAUUUUAAUUAAUAUUUUAGUUGGUCCCUUCGAAAUAUUCAC